GCCACCAGCUCCGGCCUCGGCUCACCUCCCAGAGCCCCCUCCCCGGAGCUGAGCUACCGAAGGGCUCCUCUCCCGCCCUCAGCCCAGCAGCACCGCAGCUCCGGGGCAGCCCGGUUGGCCAACCUUCCCCCAGCUCAGUCCUGCCCGAGCUCCCCAGUCAUGAACCUCUUCCGAUUCCUGGGAGACCUCUCCCACCUCCUAGCCAUCAUCUUGUUACUGCUCAAAAUCUGGAAGUCCCGAUCGUGUGCGGGCAUUUCAGGGAAGAGCCAGGUCCUGUUUGCUGUGGUGUUUACUGCCCGAUACCUGGACCUGUUCACCAACUACAUUUCACUCUACAACACCUGCAUGAAGGUGGUCUACAUAGCUUGUUCCUUUACCACGGUGUGGAUGAUAUACAGCAAGUUUAAAGCUACUUACGACGGGAACCACGAUACUUUCCGCGUGGAGUUCCUCGUUGUUCCCACAGCCAUUCUGGCAUUCCUGGUCAACCAUGACUUCACCCCUCUGGAGAUCCUCUGGACUUUCUCCAUCUACCUGGAGUCAGUGGCCAUCUUGCCGCAGUUGUUCAUGGUGAGCAAGACGGGUGAGGCGGAGACCAUCACCAGCCACUACCUGUUCGCACUAGGUUUCUACCGCACGCUCUAUCUCUUCAACUGGAUCUGGCGCUACCACUUUGAGGGCUUUUUUGACCUCAUCGCCAUUGUUGCUGGCCUGGUCCAGACAGUCCUCUACUGCGAUUUCUUCUACCUCUACAUCACCAAAGUCCUCAAGGGGAAGAAGCUGAGCUUACCGGCAUAGCCCUGGCCUCACCAGCCUUCACCGAGGCAGGGCAGGAGGCAGAGAAGGCUGCUCAAGAUCAAGGCCUUCUCAUCCAGAGUUGGCUUUUUAAAGCGCUCGCCUCUCCUGGCUCCCCACCCCUCCAGCUGGGUUUUGGGGUCAGUGGAAGACCCCUAUCCUGGGGAGCUCAGGACCUGAGCUGUUUGUAGCCUUUUGCCUUUUAGAGAAGAAAAACAAAAAAACAAAUCUUUCCACUGUUUAGUUUUUGAUUCUGAUGACUUUUUUCUCUUCUACCCUGGCCCUGAUUUUUUAUAAACUGUGUUUUGAGUGUUCUCUGGACCAGGGCCAGUGGAGGUCUACUUCCUUCUCUAAGCCACUUGUCUCCCUCCAAGAUCCCACCC